CAACCCACUGCAGGGGUGGUCCAACAGCAAAGAAGGUGAGGUGGAAGAGGGAGACUCGAGUCUUAAGGAGAAACAGGAGUAGUGUAAUUUGAGUUGUAGUGGCAGUGGGAGGAAGAUGAGGACAAGCUGUGUUUCAAUUCUGGAGUAGAAGUAGAACAACAAAAGAAGAGUCAAACAUCAGAGCUGAAGAAGAGCUAAACAUCAGAGCUGAAGAAGACCCAAACAUCAGAGCUGAAGAAGACCCAAACAUCAGAGCUGAAGAAGACCCAAACAUCAGAACGUACAGACCUCAAUUUCUUCAUCUGAGAGAGAGAUAUAGAAACAGGAAACUCGGAUUUCUGGCAAAAUAAUCCAGAUGGUAUAAUUGUCUUGUCAUUAUAUUGGUAUUAAACAUUAUUAUUAAUGUAACAUUAAACAAAUUAAGUAGAGGAAGGAUCUGACCAUUCAAAUUGAUAUUCACUUUGGUACAUACAGAAAAAAGCACUGAAAGUCACUGACAAGGUUCUCCAUUGAAACCAAAUAGGAAAAUCUGUCUAAACCCAAAGAGAGGGAAUCGGUUCUCUCAGUCCAGCGCUGGUUGGUGAUUCUUCUCCAUGACAGAGUUGGAUUGGUCUCUUGCUUCUCCCUUUCCCCUUCCCCAGUGUGAUUAUGGAGAAUGGCAUGCCACUCGAGUACUGAUUCCAGCUAUUUACCUCCUAGCCUUCAUUGUUGGUACAUUUGGGAAUGCCUUUGUGCUCUGCGCAUACCUGAACUGCCGUGGAAGUCGGCUAUGGACGAUUAGGAGCCACAACAAAUCUGAACCUCCCUGUAGACCCUCCUGUUCACGUUCCGUAUCAGAGUCUCUGAUGGUCAGUUUGGCCCUGGCUGACCUUGCUUUUGUCAUUACUCUCCCUUUGUGGGCAGUCUACACAGCCCUGGACUAUCACUGGCCAUUUGGCAGCUUCCUUUGCCGAGUGAGCAGCUACCUGGUGGCGUUGAACAUGUACGCCAGUGUGUUCUCUCUGGCUGGACUCAGUGUGGAGCGCUACUGUGUGAUCAAACGGCAUAAUCCCAACAAGACCCAAGCGCCAGUUAGAGCCUGGUACAUCAUAGGGUGUGUGUGGACGGCAGCUAGUGUCCUUGCACUUCCUGCUCUACUUCUACGAACUAUCCGAGAGGUGGACGGACAUCCUGAUUGGCUGGAUGAUGAUGAUGAUGAACAUAACAAUAAUAGUGGUCCACAGUGCUUGUGUGACAUGGACUAUUCUAUUUUGGUCUCACUAGACCUUGAUCCAGCAUCACAAGAGCGAGCUGAGGUGAUGUGGUCGGCACUGCUAGGUUUGAAGUCUACUGUCUUGGGUUUCCUCCUUCCUCUCAUCGUGCUACUGCUUUGCUACUGCUCCCUAGCACAUUUCCUGUCUCGCCAUUUUCGCCUUGGACCUCAUCCUGAUCGACAGCGCCAACACAAGCUCCUGCGUAUUGUUAUUGCCCUCGUGCUAGCCUUCUUCCUCUGUUGGCUGCCCUUCCACGCCAAUAAAACACUGUCCGAUUUGGUUGAACUUGAUAUUUUGCCCUACUCCUGCAGCUUUGACCGCUGGCUGGUUGCUGUCCACCCUUAUGCAAUCUGCCUAGCAUACAUGAACAGUUGCCUCAACCCACUGCUCUAUGCCUGCUGUGACCCAGCCUUCCGUCAGCGAUGCCAACGUGUGGUCAAACUUGUUUGGAAGAGACACAAGGGAGAAAGGGAUGAUGCAGAAGACAGAGACGCAGGAACAAGGGAUGAGCUGGAAGAGGAUAAAAUAGUAGGAGACACAGGACACAGAUCCAAAACAGGAAAGAAUACUUUAACUGCAACAUAUAGCAGUUAA